AUGGAACCCCCCCUCCCUCCUCUCAACCCAAAAGACCCCGAAAACUACUUGAAGCGAUGCUCGGGCUAUUGCAAAAAGACAAACUUGCGCUGCAGCGCCAGCAUCGGCAAAAAGGCUCAAAAGGACACGCGCCCCACCUACCUUCCCACAUGCGCCCUCCACCGCGAUCAACAAAGCCUUGCCGGAUGGUGCCAGUUCACCAGCUCCGAUGGCCGUAGAUGCGCAAGCCUGUUCCGAUGGAGCCCCCCGCACUUUGAACUUUGCGACCAUCAUCAGGGCCAUCCUAGCACCCCCUGUUAUUUCCUAAAACAGCUACCCCUCGAGCUGCGCCAUGAAGUAUACCGACAUCUCAUACCCACCGAGCCCAUAGAUUCGUCCACUGCGGCCGUCCACGACCGCUCCAGCCAGGACCCCGACCAGCGACCAACAAGUCGCUUAUCCGUCCUGAGUUACCCGAGUCCCAUGCGCGCAACACGUGUGCUCAGGUCAAAGUUUCCGAUGAGACUCUUGGACCUUCUCAGCGUCUCACGCCAAGUCCAUGACGAAGUCAAAGACCGCCUGUUCAGCACAGUCACCUUCAAGAUCGACAUCCGCAAGGAUGGCACCUUCAUGUGUGGACGCCGCCUGCUCGAGCCCAAACGAGCAGACGGCUCUUCGCACUUCCUGUUCGAUGAGGCCGACCAUGCAAAGAGGAAAUUUCUCAAGUAUUUUGACUGGGCUUCCGCCAAAAACUACGCCGUUGACAUACUACUCGAGAAUUGCCCCAUUGCAAACCCACACCAUGUGCCCAACACGGCCAACAUGACUAUGAGAUCUCGCUGGGAUGAAGAGGUGGAGAUUUACGACAUUAGAGAUUACAUCUCUGUAGUGGUUUCUGGUAUCCUGGCAAAGGCAAAGAAUCUCUACAAGCUCCACGUCCGCCUUUGCCUAGCCGACUUUGUUUGGCAUGAAGAGCAAGUGCUUUCCAAUUCAAAGCUGCUCUUCAGCCCCUUUGAACGACUACGAAAUGUGCGCCAACCCACUCUUGGUGGCGUCUUCACUGGAAGGCCAGACAGCAAUUCAAUGUAUCCUAUUGAGCGCGCAACUGGUCGAUAUCCCAUUGCGCCUGGAACCGGAUGUAUACAAUCAGCAUUACCCGCCUACUAUGAACUCUGCUCCGUGCCCUCUUUACCCACCGACAACCCAGUAUUGCUACCCGGUAUAACGGCAUUUGAUGCCUACGCCACUGAAUGGAGGCGCCACAUCUCUUCCAAGGGCACUGCCAAUGUUCUUCAAGAGCCGCUCAUCCGCAAAAUGUUUACAGAGUUUCGCAAUUUCUAUACCGAAUUCGCCAACCAUGUGCCUGAUAUAACUUUGAAAAGCGGAAGACAUACAUUCCUGCACCGAGCCAGGGUUGCACGUGAACAGGAAGAUGUCAUAGCUUUCAGAGCCAUCAGGGCCGAGCUCCUCGAUUACUGGACCAAGCACUUGGAUGACCAAGAGCGGAAAAAACGUACCAUGGAAACACGUAUUGCCAAGUUCCUUCAAAGCGACAAGUAUCCGUCACAUGUCUGGGAAGAACAAAUUCCAGCACAGUCACCUGACCUGUUGCCUACCCAAAUCUCAAAAUCUCGCGUCGCCCUGGACACGGAAAUCAUGGCCAGAGACGGCAUACCUAUGACGGGUAAUCUGAUA